AUGCGGAUCUGUUUUCAGAGAUUCUCCUCGGAGGAUAACGACCUGUACCGUGGGCAGGUGCAUGAGGUGCUGACCCACCUUUGCUACGUGCCUGUUUCCGAGGAUAAGGCCACGGCCAUUGCCAAAGACACCAACGAGUUCUCCACUCUUGACUUUCAAGACUUCUGUGACUUCGUUGAGCGGUACACGCAGUAUGAACGUGAGGUUGUGCGAGUCAAGUUGGAGGAGUGGACUGCGCGGGAGAAGGAGGAGGAUGAUGAAGCGGACGCGAUUGCCGUACUCCCUCUCAUGUGUUGGGGUUGA